AUGAGAAUGAAAGCGGGGGCUAAUUACGGAAUGGACGACUCAGACAACGAUGAUGCCGUCGUAUUAGCGUAUCAACAAAUUGUACAUAACGCUCAUGAUUUAUAUCAAACUGUGCCGAUUCAAGUGACAUCUAGGGAAAUAGUACAUAGGAACCGUGUCGCUGCCGAUACCAGAAUAAUGCAAGACCACUUCAACUUCAACUUUGUUUACGGGAAGAAAAGAUUCCAUUGUCGUUUUGGUAUGUAUCGACCAAUAUUUCUUCGUAUCUUAAGAAAAAUUAUAGAGAUGGACCCUGAGUUCGAACAACGUCUCAAUGGUGCUGGAAUUAUGGGUCACUCACCGCACAUGAAAAUGAUUGUUGUCAUGAAGUGCUUAUGCAAGGCAGUUCCUCCGGAUAACAUUGAAGAUUAUACUGCAAUGGGUGCGCCUACCAUCUACAGGUAUCUGAAGAGGUUUCUUGAUGCCCUGAUGUUUGGUUUUAACGAUAGAUACAUGCGUAGGCCCUCCCAGGAUGAUACAUAA